AUGCGAUCCCCGCUUGGUGUCAGGUCCCCCUCUUUUGUAACAGGACCUCAUGGGAUGAUGGCGUCAUCAUUAAAUAUGCUUCAAUUCAUGGUGGUGCUCGCCCUUGUUGCCAUGGUAACUGGUGAGUUUACCUUCGUCUGCCCCCAGUUACCAUCUACUACUGGUCCCGAUUUGCCCCAGCUGCCAACACAAUAUGAAAUGAGAGUGGAGGCCAAUAUUGUACAGUCUCAGCAAACAAUUGAGGUCUUGGAAAGUUAUGACUUCGAAUCAAAGCAAGUUGCACUGACGAUAACUAGAAACGGACAGGCCACCAAAAGUAUUCACAAUUUCAACACACAGGAACGAUAUGACAUUCUAGCAAAUGAAACGUGCAUCACCACAAGCAUCAACAACGGCAGCGAGAACUUCAAUGUCUUUGGCUUCACGUUGAGAGGAACAGACGGGAAGAUUCAUAUGGCUUCAGUGUCGGACGUUUUCAAGUUUUCGAAAAAAUACAAUGUUUCAUAUGUUGGUGAAACAAUGGUUCGGGGCAUCCCGGUGAACCAGUGGACUUCCUGUCAAGUAUCGCCUGAGCUCCACUCCACCUUCAGACUCGACUACUACUUCAGCCGGCCGGGCUAUAAAAGUGCCAGUGGCAAUGAGAUCAUCCCCAUCCGAUUUGACAUCAAUGGACAGGGGAGUGGGUCUUGGUGGGGAGAGAUCCUGACGGAAAAAGUCUCCAGUACCACAUGCUUAUCUGCCAGUGGGGAGUUCCAAGGAAAUCAGCUGGACAACGUGGCGACAUCAGGCAUUCACAACUUCUCCCAUGUAUACGAGUUCUCCGUCUUCAAACCAGGGCCAAUCAAGGACAUGAGUGUUUUUGAGACACCUCGAGGAGUUGUAUGCACUGGACGGAAGAGUUCUGUCCCCUUGCCGAAACUUGUCGACCAGUUCACACUUGACGUGGAGGUUGAUUCAGGGAACCAGACACCACCUCAGAAUAUGAAGGCAUACUUUGACUACAAUUUCAAGAUGCUGAGGUUCGACAGGUUUUACAGUAAGGAUGACAGGCACCAGUACGGAGCUGGCCUGAUCACCAAGAUUGAGGACUAUAAAACAGGUUUGGAGUACGUGAUUGACCGAGCGGAGGGCAACUGUACAAUCCAGAAGAUGCCGGAGAAGAUAUGGAGGACUGUGGUGGGGGAUCCACACAACAUUACAAUGAUGCAUGCCCAGGAAUUGUUGAAGCUCAAGGACAAGUCUUUUGUGUACCAAGGGGUGCGAAUGUUGCGUGGGAUUCCAGUGAAUGUUUGGGCCAAUGUCACCAAGAAUAACAUGGUACAAGAGGUUUACUUCAUGAAGCAAGCACCUGUGUCAGGAAAACCGUCACCCAACUCUCUCAUAGUAGGCAUGUACUUCAGAAACAUCACAGCCUCCAAUCUUAUGAAAACAUCAGGUCAGGGUCAACCACAACCAGGUCAAGGUCAACCACAGCCAAGUCAAGGUCCACCAGGCCAAGGUCAACCACAGCCAGGUCAAGGUCAAGGUUCACCAGGUCAAGGAUCAGGAAAUAGGAAUGGCACACAAAGAAAUUUCCAUGAGAAGUUUCUGAACAUUUUCAACUUCCACGUUGGCCACCCCGACCCGGAGGUGUUCGACAUCAGCCCAUGUUACCAGGGAAUGACAAAGAGGAGUCUGUAUCUCACCUUUACUACCUCAGGGAACUACUACGAGGAUGUGUAUGGACACAAGACCAUCUUCUUCCCCCUUCUCAGGAAUUCACUGGCCAACAGUGCAAAUGUCUCCGCCAUCAGAAUCGCAGACAUUAAGGUGAGACAAGAUGAUGACAAUAAAGACCAUAUAAUUGUGUCAUUCACGUUGCUGGACAAGGCCCCAAUCAAAGGAAAUGUGAUCAACCUGCCCAGCGAGACUUCACUGGAGAAAGCCUACCAACUUAUCAUGAAGUCCUCUAAUCACGGCAUCGUCUUUGGCGUCAACUAUCCCAAACACCCCAAGAUAUUUAUUGUACACCCAUACUCCAUGAAACUGGCUGUGUCUUCACCCGUGGAGGCCAGCGUUCCUACAGCGCAGGGUCAAUGGCAGGUCUGGGGAUUGGGAUGGUCAUCUUCGGCACCGUCAUCGGACUCCUCAUUGCCUUUAUCGUCUACCAACGCAUCCACACCGAAGUGCCCUACGAGAGGAACUAGACAACAUUGUCCGGAAACCUGCAGAACGAUUAGUGGUCUGCAAUUUGUCCGACGCAGUAAUGGUGUGAUGCAUCCUGGGUUACCUGGGGUUAUCCAUUUUCGAGUCACAGUGCCAUUUAAAAAAUGGUCAAAUGUAACAUAUGUUACGCUUGGGAUUAUACUUUCCCGGUUAAGGACAGAUUCUUGUACUAUUUUCUUUUGGGGUGGUUGGGUCCCUUCCAGGAUUCGAACCCACACCCUAAGAGUGAGGCACCUUAUCACCAGUCCACACUCACUCAGCCACCACAGCUUCCAUCAAAAUGGAAGUUUGUCCAGUGGUAUAGUCCGUUUGGCUCAAAAGAGGACCAAUGAAUUGCAAUCUAACUCGAAAACUGAGAAACAUAAUACUCAAUGAAAC